AUGGUAAUCGGCCAACGAACAUUGAGUAUCUUGUGUAGACACUUGUUUAUAAAUACUUGUAGAUGUUUGGUGAUGGUUGUAGUAGUUCUCCGAAUUCCGCUCCGUACAAUAAAACUGACUGUCUUGACGUUCGUAUUGAAGAUUGUGACUUUGAUAUUGGUUGACAGUUGUUUUGAGUUCCACAUAUACUUGAAUUGUAGGAAUGCAGUUCUUGCAUUGCUAAUCCUCUCCUUUACGUCUGCAUCAGAUCGUCCUUGUUCAUCGAUGAUGCUGACGAAGUAUGUGAAAGAUUCCACCUGUUCCAGAGUUCCUCCAUCAGGUGUGAUCGGGUUAGUGUCUUCCAUAUUGUAUUUGA